AUGGAAUAUAUAAAGGGUCUCAGUUCCUGGCAAUUUCCCCCUUCUUCUACGACACAGCACAGCUUCUACAGCCUCCCAAGUUACAUUCCUGCUUCAAUUCCCAUCAACUUCAUCAUGUUGCCCUCUUUCGCAGCCAUCUUAUCCUCCAUGGCCAUGGUGCCACUCGUCAAAGCCAAUUUUGAUCUCUACGAGACAAUGCAGACGGUGGCAUUCGGAGGCGAGGCUCUUACCGGAUACAAAGUCUUCGAAGCAGAGCCCGACUGUGACCAAGUCAGAGCCGGUGGCUUCUACCAGGACGAGACAGACGUUAGCGGCGACAACACCGGCGUCAGGUGCGAAGGAGACUGUGCCGCGGCCGACCCAGCCGGUAUCACCAUCUUGGAGAUGCACUUUAAUAACAACCCACUGCACCACUGGACCAUCUACAAGGACCGUAACUACGACAUGAUUGGCUUGGACGGAAACACCUACGGCAACUGCAUCCUGUUUCCUGGGGACGACUUCUUCUGCUCCACUGCAGUGGAGACAUUCUCGGGCAGAAGAAGGUUCCGCUGCCUCACCCAGUUUACUGCCCCCGAGAUUGACGCCGGUGAUGGUGGUGGUAACUAA